CCCCCCGAGACCUGAGGACUGUCUCGCUUAUCUGCUCCCCCGGCGCGGCCCAGGGAGCUGCUGAGACACUCCCGGGAACGCUCGCCCCUCUAAUCCACAGCCAUGAGCAAGCUGGGCAAGUUCUUUAAGGGGGGAGGCUCUUCUAAAAGCCGAGCCGCUCCCAGCCCCCAGGAGGCCCUGGCCCGACUUCGGGAGACCGAGGAGAUGCUGAGCAAGAAACAAGAGUACCUGGAAAAUCGAAUCCAGAGGGAACUCACCCUGGCAAAGAAGCACGGCACGCAGAAUAAGCGAGCUGCAUUGCAGGCACUAAAGAGAAAGAAGAGGUUCGAGAAGCAGCUCACUCAGAUUGAUGGCACACUUUCCACCAUUGAGUUCCAGAGAGAAGCCCUGGAAAACUCACACACCAACACCGAGGUGUUAAGAAACAUGGGCUUUGCGGCAAAAGCGAUGAAAGCAGUUCAUGAAAACAUGGAUCUGAACAAAAUAGAUGAUCUGAUGCAAGAGAUUACAGAGCAACAAGAUAUUGCCCAAGAAAUCUCAGAAGCCUUUUCUCAGCGGGUCGGAUUUGGCGAUGACUUUGAUGAGGAUGAGUUGAUGGCAGAACUUGAAGAAUUGGAGCAGGAAGAAUUAAAUAAGAAGAUGACAAAUAUCCGACUUCCAAAUGUGCCUUCUUCCUCCCUCCCAGCACAGCCAGAGAGGAGGCCAGGGAGAAUGUCAGCCACGUCCUCCACUGCACAUAGAUCCCGAGCAGCAUCAUCCAGGAGGGCAGAAGACGAGGAUGAUGAUAUCAAACAAUUGGCAGCUUGGGCAACUUAAACUAAAAUGGAAUUCAUGGACACCUGAAUUAAUGAGCUGUAUGUAAGACAUAAAAAAUGUUUUUGCCUUGUUCAGAAGUUAACAAAGGCCCUGUUUUAUAUUCACACUGGAUCAGUAAUUGUCUUUUAAGCCUUAUAAAUAAAAGUUACAAAGAAUCAUGUGUAGACAUCCAAUCAGGGAUGGAAAACAACUUCCUGCUAGCAUCUUGGAGGGUCUCCCCAUGCUGAUGGGAAGGGGCAUUCUAUCUUGUUACAUGCUACUGUAUUUCCAGUCCCGACACAUACUAGGUGCUCUGUGUACAUUUGUUGAAAGAAAAUGGAUUCCUGUUAACGUAUAAAACAUGUAACCGUUUAUAUGUCAUGUAAAAGUGAUGUUGUAAAAGUGAUAGCUAGAGAAAAUUACUUUCUUUUCUAAGGGAAUGCAAGUUUGCUGUAUGCAUCUGUUAGGACAUACCUAUCCCAUGGUAAAUGUACAUACACCAUGUGUCUUGUAGGAGAGACUUCAUGUAGGGAAGUCUUGUGUGAGUCUCUACAUAAGUAGUUUCAUUUGAGUUUUGCAGUUUAAAAUCUUAAAGGAGCUUUAACUGACAUUUAUUAUGGCAAUUAAGCCUGGAAUAGGGCAAUGGAUGCACUUCCCAAAAUGUCUGAAAGUGCUAACAGCUUACACUGCUGAGCAAGGAUCUCCUGGGUAUAAUUUAGCCACUUAGGAAGCCAUGUUAACACUCCCAGGCCAUUAUGAUGCUGUUAUGGCUUCCGCAUGCUCAAUCUGUGAAGGUUCAUUCUUUUCUAUUCUGUGCUCUCUUGUACAUUUAUUUACCCUUUACAUCAUAUUCUUUGUAAAUACAUAAAAAUGGAGGCAAUUAAAAGUAUAUGAUGAAUAAAAUUUGGAUCAUAAUUAUUUUCAAAUGAAAAUAAAUGACAAAAUUAUGUAUUGCUCAUAUGUCAUGGACCACAAAAUGACAAAUGUCGUUAUGUAAGAUGUUCUAGUAUUCCCUACUUUUGCUGGGCUACAUAAUGGAAUGGAAAGAACACAAGAGCUGGAGGUAAGAGUCCUGGAUUCCAGCCUCUGCUCUGCUGCUAAUGCAGUAUGAUCAGCCAUGUCAUAAACCCUGAACCUCUGUUUCUUUGCUGGGAAAUUCAAGUGUUGGACUUGAUCUCUAAUCGGUCCAUCCUGCCACAGGCCUUUUGCAUCUGCUGUUCUUAGCAGUCUUCCUGCUAUCCACACAGAUACCAAAUCUUACUUAUUCCAUAAAUUUUAGUUAAAAUGUUCUUUAUUUUGGGAAACUCUUCUUGAUUGCACAGAUUAAAUCAAGUCUCCCUGUUAUAUGCUUUCACAGUACUAUGCUCUCUCUCUAAUCACCUAUCAGGGUUUCUAUUGCUUGAUUGUUUACUUAAUUAUUUUUGUUCUUCCCUGCUGGGCUGGGUAACCAGGAGGGCAUGAACUCUACCUCUUCCAGUUCAAUAGUGCAUCCCAGGACUCAGCACAGUGCCUCAUAUACAGUAGGUACUCAGUAGAUAUUUACUAAAUGAAUAACUAUGAACUUUUUACAUCUUUUGGGCUAUGAGAAAUAACAGGAACUAGAUUUACUUCCCACUCUCAAACAACUAGACAACUGGACAAAAUACAUGAAGUAAUAGUUUACAGAUAGUACAACAGGCAGCACUAGACUGUGAUUCCUGAGAGGGAGACAAAUGACAAAUGAAGUGAACACUUCUGGUGCCUCCUCCCCUGAGACCCCCAACCCCCGCUUACUGCCUUAGCAGGGAAAGCUUAGUAGUCUUACUGAGUAGAGGAAAUCUGUGGGGAAGAUUCCUGCAUGCACACACACACAGAGUUUAAUAAAGCAUGGUCCUGUCAUGAUGUCUAUCUCUUGCUAU